AUGCCCCCGACUCACGAUUCAUGCAGAAUUAUGAAAGCAAUUGUAGUCAAAGACCGAUGGUUAAGAUCCAUCGACGAAAUGGUCGUUGACCCCAACGCUCCUGAACCAACAUUGGGGAAAGACCAAAUUUUGGUUGAAAUUAAAGCUGCAGCAUUGAAUUUCUUUGACAUUUUAGUGGUACAAGGAAAAUAUCAGAUCAAGCCGCCUUUUCCUUUUGUUCCGGGUGCAGAGUUCGCUGGUGUAAUAUUAAAAGUCAGCCCUGGUGCCAAGACCACUUUGAAACCAGGAGAUAGAGUAUUCGGUAGUGGCCAGGGUGGAUUUGCCGAGCGCAUUGUAGUACAGAUCUCCAAUGUAAUUGCCAUCCCGGAAGGUAUGAGCUUUGUUGAAGCAGCCGGUCUUUAUAUCACAUAUCCGACCAGUUAUGCCGCUCUCGUAUUAAGGGCUGAUCUGAAGAAAGAUGAAUGGUGUCUUGUACACGGAGGGGCUGGUGGAGUUGGGAUCGCGGCUGUACAAAUUGCAAAGGCAUUAGGUGCUAAAGUCAUUGCAACUGGCGGUUCAGAUGAGAA